AUGCCCUCUAAACUCAACGCUUACUUGCUCUCUGCAGUGAUGCUGGCAGCUCUGCUCCAGCGCGCUCCCGGAGCUCCAGUUGUAGACGCGCCCACCGACACCCUGGCAGGUGACACCUCAGGUGAGGAGGGGGAGACUCGCUCUGACCUACUGAGCACCUCCCCGGUGUUAACCAAGGUCCUUGCCACAACCCAACGCCACAAGGAGGAGUUUGAAGAUGAAUUCAGAGACGUGCAAUAUCUCUUUCUGGACAACUACAAACCCUCCUCACUUCCAGAAAACUGUCCUAAAUCCAACUUCAGCAAGGAGGCAUGUCUCCACAGUUUGGCACAUGGCCUACUUAUUUAUACUGUUCUUCUCAAGUUUGUGGAGAAGGAGUGCCCCAACAGCCUGAUUCCCAAAGAGGCCAGAGUUGAUGGCGGUUACCUGAUUAGCCUGAUCAAAGGAAAGAUGAGGAACCCUGAACAGGUCACGGCACUCACCAGCAGCCAGGAGGAGGUGCUGCUGAAGGGCCUCGAAGACCCAGACACUUUCCACAGAAAGAUGACCGCACACAGCAUCCUGCGCCAGCUCCACUACUUCCUUGUCGACUGCAAAAGAAUAUUUAACAAAAUGGAGUGGCCCAGAAGAAGUGUAGCCAACAGGAUCAUGGCACCUGUCACUUUCUACCACCAAAAGCUAAAAAGAUGA